CACUCAGGAAAGUCAUGUUCAAGGAGGCAGGAUAUCCUAAGUCUGUGGUUUCAAUGGUAGACACCCUCUGGUAUCUAGUAAAGAAAGGCCCAGAGGAGGGGUGUAUACAAUAAAAGUCAUGCCCUGCAGCACUGCCUCACUGACUUUGGCAGGUGGGUGUGUUGGUUUUUCACCCACUAAUUUAGAGGCCUUGCCUACAAGUGGAAAACAAGGCGAAGCCGUUCCCCAUUCCACCAUAUGAGUCAGGUAGCAGUGGGAGAAGCUCACAAGCCCAUUGUCCAAUUCUGUCAGUCUCUAGGUACUGCACAUCACCCAAGACAGUCCAAUUCAGCUGUGACACGGGUGCUGUGUCUGCUGUCUUUGGUGUCACAGUCAGCAGAGACAUGGCUGUCAUCAGGGUCUGAAGGGCUGCUGACAUCUGGCCGAUCCUUCUGGGCCGUUGUCAGGGACAACGUUGUCAUCUGGUCCUUCUCUUCUUGGUUCCCCAGGUCAUGGGUUUUUCUGGUUGGGGUCCACUCCUCUGCUGUUGGGUCUGUAUCUGGAACGACAAGCGCACACCCAAGACCCCAAACCUUGAUCCAACCCAGGCCCUUCCAGAUGCCAUCCAAGCCCUUCCCACAUCACUAUGGAGAGAGGGCUCUUGUCCUUGCUGGCCAGUCUGUUAGUUAGCUGUGCUUUCUGUAUGUGCCAGAAGUGCAUUGCUGGGGUAAGGUCCAAAGAAUAUGAAAAUUGCAGGUAAUUACAUGUAUGUAUUGGCCCAUCUAAGUGAGCCUACUUGAUGUGUAAAGAGUCAUGCAAACCCCAAUACUCCCUUUUCUUGUUUAGACGGGAGCAUCUUGAGGGUACAAAUAGCCUCUCCAAUAAUGGCUUGGACAGUAGGGUUUAUGCCAGUGGAAAUGGCAAUGCCAAAUUCAAUGCAAAAGGACCUAAAGGCAGAAGAUGUAUAAGCCAGCCCAUUAUCUGUCUUAAGUGCAUGUGGGACUCCUACAAUGGAAAAACAAAUUUAAAAAUGGCUGAUCACAUGCCUAUAUGCUUCCCCAGAUUGGAGUAAAGCCAUUUGGAAUGGAGAAUGUGUAUUCAUGGUUACAUGGAUGUUCUGCCUCUUAACAUAGAUGAUGUCCAUUUGCCAUAAAGCAUUAGAUCUCAAACCAUGUUUUUCCCUGGAGGGAGCAUAGGAGUGCAGAAAGGAAGGCAAGCUGUACAGGCUUUUACUAUGCUCCUAGUUUAGUUACUAUGCUCCUCUUUAGUUAUCCCAAAUUGCAAAUGUAAAGCUCAAGCAGCCUGAUGAUAAAAGGUAGGAUUUGAAAGUCCACUAUGAAAAUGAACAUGCAAAAUAUAAUAUUUACCUGAAUGCUUUCCCACUUGAUCUCAAAGUUCUUUAAAGAGCUGAUAUCUAUUAGAAGCUAUAAAUUUUAUUUGGGCCAUAUACCAUUGAAACCAUAGACUUAUGACAUCUACCUCCUUAAAUAAUGACUUUCUUGAGUGGGUUAAACACCAUGUUAUCCUUGUUUGGUUUUGGCCCCUGUUGGGCCUAGUUCUUACUAUUUUACUUUUGCCCUUGUUUAUUUCAAAACUCUAUGUGAGCCCCACCUUCUCCAGGAAGUCUUUCCUGAUCUUCUUAGUUGCUAGUGCAUUCUCCCCAAAAAAUUACCCUGUCGUGUGUAUGUGAAAAGAAAGACACAAGGAGAGACAGAGAGGGGGAGAGUUAAGUCAUGAAAAAAAUCAAACUCAUAAGUAUAGGAAUAAUGUGUCUUUAAUCAAGAUAACAGAAUAGAAAACCUGUCACUUUGGGGGAUGGAUUUCCAGGAGACCUAUGGGAAAGUUUCUCAUGCUUUUAGAAGAAAGGGGAAGAACUCAUAUUAGGUAUCAAGGCCUGGUCACAAGAUACCAGUUGUUGUCAGCAUUCUGAUCAAGAAUGACCACUCAUUCUGAUUAAUUUAUCCUCUGGCAUCUAACUUGUCAUAACUUUAAGUGAACAGGACAAGGACAUUAGGAGCUGACAUCCAGCUUCAGCUGGAUUCCUUUACAAGGUAAGAUGCUAGUAUGGGAAUUUAUAGUAUGAUUCAGUUUAACCUAAUCAAGAGUAAAUAUUUUUAAGAGUAGGAAUAUAAGGGCAGUAUUAGAAUUCUAAUUAUUAGGAGGGAUUGGCAGGUAAUAAGUGAUUUUAUAUUUGAGAUUAAGAAUUUUUCUGUGAAUAUAUAAUUGUAUAUGCAUAUUUCCCUGCUAGAAUGUGUGCUCCUUAGAUCAGGUUUGGUUUUAUAUUUUUGUAUCACUAGCCAUUAGACUAAGCACUUUAUAAGUGCUUGUUGAAUAAUUAAAUACAUUAUGACCUAUGAACCUCAUUACACUGUGGAAUAUUAUCCUGACCUUGUUAAUGACUGGCAUCUGAAUGACAUUUUCAAGAAUUUUUAGCUUCAAGCUGUAUUGUGAUUUUUAUUUAAUUAUUUCACUUAUUUCCCAAUAUUACCCAAUCUCUAAUCUCAACAGUGAAAUUCCCUUGGCAUUCAUAGCCAAAUCUUCCUGACUGCAAGUCACAAACCCAGUAUAUUAUUCUCUGUCUACACGGCCUUGUCUCCUUCUACCUCUGGAAUUUUCUUUAAAGUAGAUGAUGGCCCCCUAAUGCACAUCUUGCCUUUCAUUCCCCACUCUUAAAAGACCUCUAGGUGUUUCUAUUGAGAAACAAAGGUGUUAGACUAGGUUAAGGGUUCUUCACUUUUUUGCACUAUGGACUGCUUGGGCUGUUUGCUGAAGCCUUGUGGACCUUUUUUCUCAGAAUAAUUUUUUUUAUCUAAAUUUCAAUCAGAGGUUAGUGAAAAUUAAUUAGGGAGAGGCAUGUUAAUGGUUUAAAUUGGGGCUUGGAAUUAGGAUAAUAUGAGUUCAAUUCUACACUCCAAUAUUAACUAUAUGACACUGAGAAAAUCAAUUCAUUUCUGCCAGUUAAUUUCUGCCUAGGCAACAAAAUGAGGCCAUAGGACUUACCUCGCAUGAUUGUCAUAAAGAUAAAAUGAGAUAAUAUUAGUAAAAUGUUCUGCAAAGUUUAAAGUAAUAUAGAAAUGCUAGCUAUUAUUGAAAUAAAGAUGUAAUUUUUUUUCUCAUCCAAAUUCAUGGGCCUCUUGAUUUAUUCAUAGGCUAGGGGCAUGGUGAGGGGGAGAGCCUUGAUCCAUAGACCUCAAGUUUAGAAUUCCCAAACUAGAUAAUUUAGACUUAAGUCCUUUCCAGUUCUAAUACUCUGUGAUUGCAGUUUCCAUUAUAAGACAUCUCCCUCCUAACCUCCCCACACACAAACACAAAAUCCCACUACCUUAUCCCUUCACAAAUCCUAUGAUUUGAGAUUAAGAUUUUUUUGGAGCUCUUGGAAUCUCCAAGGCUGGAAAUAGGAGGGAUCAGGAGAUAUUGGAGAAUUACUGAGAUACUUCUAAGCUUAAAAUUAUGAAUCUAUUGCCAAUCUACAUCGUAAAGGGAAUUUCCCCAUUGUGAGCCCCUUACUCUUGAAAUUAAUCCAGUAAUAAGAAAUUUAAAAAUCAAGAGGGGAGAAGAGAAAAAAAGGCAGAGUUUAAAAGACAUGGUCUUUAAGGCCAGAGGGAAUUUCCAAGGUGAUAGAUUGGUUCUCCGGGUGUGAGAGCCUUUUGGUUCUCUGUUCCUCUGGUGUGGUCCUUAUGUGCCCAUUGUGGUUCUCCCCACUCCCACGAGAGGGCAGCUCCUCCAGCAUUCAUAAUGUCACGAGCCAAAGCCCAAGACCCAGACAGUGCAGGAGACUGAGCUCCAGGCUGAAGAAGUAAGGAGUACCGGGCCCUUCCGUAGAACCGGAGGCUGAAACAGUCCGUGAAACAGCAAGCCGGCUGUCUGUCUGAACCCUACGAAAGACAGGGAGCCGAUUGUCUCCCCUACGCGUUAUCUCUCAAAGCGACUGACAGCUUGACAGGAGGUUAAGUGUGUGGGAGCGGGAGCCGGAGGGGGCUCCUUGCGGGACAGAAUUCUCCCACACGAAUUCGCAGCUCUUAGACUCCUCCCAAUCUCAGGCUGGAACUCCUCCACUAACAUCCCCAUGAGGACUCUUGGACCUGGCUGGAGUGCCCUUUGGAGAAGAGACCGAGAUCCCGCCGAGGCCUGAGACCACCUGACAGAAUGAAACUGGGACGAAGAUCAGUUUGCAGCUUCCUGCUGUUAUUCUCUGCUGCUCUGUGUCUCUUCUUCUUUCACAAUUGGAAACGCCCAAUUCCAAGAGCUUCUUCUAGAUUGUGGUCUUCUCCUCUAGAGUUCUCCAAGCUCAAAUACCCUCAACUGGCUCCAGAGCCUCAAUAUGCACACAUUCCCUUCAAGCUCAAGGAACAGGUUGUUGGGUUGCUGGCACAAAAUGCCUGCAGCUGUGUGGCCAGUAGAGGAGGACUUGGCUUCUCUCUCCCAUUCCAACGGCAGGUGCAUGCACUUAACUUCACAUCAGCAUAUGGAUCUGAGGAACUAGUGGAAGCCACAAUUGCCAGAGAUCGGGAAUACCAAGCUUUCCAGUCCAGGGUCCAGUCCCCAGCUGACCAGAUACUCAUCGCUCCAGCCAACUCCCCCUUGCAGUAUCCCCUGCAGGGUGUGGUGGUUCAGCCCCUAAAGACCAUCUUGGUGCCAGGUCUGAGCCUACAAGCAGCUGAGCAAGAAGUGUAUCAGGUAAACCUUUCAGCAUCUCUUGGAACCUGGGAUGUGGCUGGGGAAGUGGAAGGAAUGAGACUUCGAGGAGAGGGCCAGCUGGAACUCACUCUCUCAAGCCCAGAGCUAGACCGACUCAACAGACAGCUUCAGCUGGUCACUUACAGUAGCGGGAGCUACCAGCCAGACACUGCAGACACAGUCCGGUUCUCCACCGAUGGCCAUGAAGCUGUCUUCACUAUCCGAAUUAAGCAUCCACCAAACCCUCGGCUGUACCCACCUGGAUCACCCCCUGAAGGAGCCAAGUAUAAUAUCAGCGCUCUGGUCACCAUUGCAACCAAAACUUUCCUUCGUUAUGACCGUCUCCGAAACCUCAUUGCCAGCAUCCGUCGUUUCUACCCAACAAUUACUGUGAUCAUUGCUGAUGACAGUGAGCGACCAGAGCCAGUCAAUGGCCCUUACAUCGAGCACUACCUCAUGCCUUUUGGCAAGGGAUGGUUUGCUGGUCGAAAUCUAGCUGUUUCCCAAGUGACCACAAAGUAUGUGUUGUGGGUAGAUGAUGACUUCAUCUUCACUGGCCGAACAAAGCUGGAGAAGCUUGUGGAUGUUCUGGAACAGACAUCUCUGGACUUGGUCGGGGGAGCAGUUCGAGAGAUCACAGGCUUCUCCACUACUUAUCGACAAUUAAUGAGCAUAGAACCUGGUGGCCCUGGCUGGGGAGACUGUCUCACCCAAAGGCGAGGCUUCCACCAUGAGCUCCCAGGUUUCCCAGGUUGUGUGGUCACUGAUGGUGUUGUCAACUUCUUCUUGGCGCGAGUGGACAAGGUUCGAGAGAUCGGUUUUGACCCUCGACUCAGCCGGGUGGCCCAUUUGGAAUUUUUCCUGGAUGGACUUGGCUCCCUUCGGGUAGGCUCCUGUUCCGAUGUCUUGGUGGAUCAUGCAUCGAAGCUGAAAUUGCCCUGGGUACCUUGGGGGACUGAGGCAGAAACGUAUGCCAAAUACCGAUACCCGGGGGUCACAGAUGAGAGCUAUGUGGCCAAACACAAGCUACUCUUCUUCAAACAUCGCCUCCAAUGCAUGAGCUCAGAUUGAUUGGCCCAGUAUCCAUAGAAUGGCUGAUGUGAUGGACACAGUGGCUACCUGAGUGCACUUGGAACCCUCUACCAACUUGUAUGCACUAUCUAGUCACUACAAUUAUCCAGCUGGUCAACUCUGUGGCUCCAGCUGUGUCAACUACUCAAGGACUGUUCAAAGACUAUCCAGCCCUUCAAAUUAUUUGACCUUGAUCUAAUCCCAGGAUGAGAACUGGUUCUGGUGACUUCUCCAAUGUCCCAAAUACAAUUGGAGCUAUGACUCACCUUUACCAGUUCGGUGACAGCACCCCUAGCCCCAGUGCUAAGCCCUCUAUUCUCUUGAGUAAUAGAAAAUCUUUCUAGUACUAAAGAGCCUGAAGGUCUCCAAGAGCCAAACAGAACCCAUCCCUCAAAUGCAGAUACCUUUCCCUAACUUCUUUAGAUGAGAUAGGUACAAUUUUGCUUCUGGGCUGCACUCUGAGUCUCUGGACCAGAUUUCUAUGCAUCAUAUUCAAUUCUCCUUACUCCUACCCUACUCACCAGGAGAAUUUUGACCUUAGAGAUAAGAGUAGCCACCUGAAGAUCUCGAGGAGGAAUUAUUGAACAAGCCAACAAUUUUGUAAUCAGUGUUAUUCUUGUCUCUUCAGGGUUGAGCUGGGGGAAAGGUCUCUAAAACAUAUCUGUUGAAGUGUUCAGACUCCAAAUUAAGCUUGAAAGGGCUGGCAUUUACAGAAAAGCUAACGUCAUUUUAUUGAUAACAUAAAUAAAGAGGGAGGCCCACCCCAGUUUUUCCGUCGGUGGCCAUAAUCUCUCCCCUACUACAUCCAACCAAUGGUACUGGGUUUCCUAAUAAGCAGAGCUGCCUGGUUCAAACCCAGACCAUGUAAGUCUUUGAGGCCAGAGGCUCCUGGAAAGGGAAAAGGAAACAUCAGGGAAGAGUGUGGAAAAGCAUUCUGGGAACAUACCUCCUACCUCCCCCAUUAUCCCUAGUGAGUCUAAGUGGGAGAGGGAACUGGGGAACUAUGUUCUGAAAGACCCUCAUACUUGUCUAAUCUUUCCCACCUUGAGCCUGAUUUUCAGAUGUUACCUCAUCCCCUUAUUCAUUUCCUCAAUCUCCACACUCUACCUCCACAUCAGAUUUUGCAUCCCAGUCAUCCUUCUACCAUGCUUCCUCACUUUAAGGUUCCCCGUAACUCUUCUUCAUACAUAUUCCCCCCAGACUUAUCCAUUGUCUAGUUUCCUUUUCCUAAAUCCAUUAUCCCUAAGACUAUCUUCACUUCUCAUAAUCUUCCCUCCACCAACCCCUUCCUUUCCCCAAACCUUCACCAAACUCUCCAGUGCAUGGGCAGCUGCAUCUUGAACGCUCACAAAAAGUUGCUCUGGGGUCAGUAUGUCCAGGAGCCCAGCCCUGGUUAAUGUUCCCAGCACAGGAGCUGUGCCAACCAAAACAAUGGUCAAAGUACCAACUCUGGCCUCCACCUCAUUCUUCUUAUAUCCCACCAAAUAAUUCAAAGCAUUUCCAAUUAAUUAAUUCAUCUUACCAUUACACUGUGCCAAGAGCAGAUGAAUCCUGGCGGCACUGCACUGACUAGCCAGCUGGGGAAAGAAAGACUUUUAAGACUGAUUAGGAAAAGAAGAGUUGCCUCAGUUACCCACUACUUUCAGAACCAGUUCUAGCUAUAUUUUUUUCCUUCCCCUGCUAUGUCACCUUUCCUCAGAUGUUACAAUCUCUCUUGCAAUUCUAGAACCAUGUUGAAAUCAACUUUGUCACUGCUCCAUGAAAGGGUAUGCUGAUCUACUCCCCCACUACUCUUCUAUUACUAUUCCUUUAACAUUCCAAAUGAAAAGAUGCUUCCCUGGCCGGAGUUUCCCUGUUUUGUCUCCAUAUUAGAUUGGAAGCUCCUUGAGGGCAGAGAUUGUCUUCUAUUUUGUAUUUGUAUCCUCAGCGCUUAGCACAAUGCUUGGAACAUAGUAAGCGCUUAAUAAAUUUUUAAAAAUCAAUUCAUCCCUCUAAAUGUCCCACCCCAACAUACAUA